AAGAGCCGCGGUAUAAACGCAAAAUUCGGUGGAAAUCAAAUCCAUCCCCCCCCAUUGCUUUGCUUGCAGUUGCAGUUGCUGCUGCAGCGUCCCUCCAGAGGGAGAAGGGCAAGGAGGCGGAGACAGAGGAAGGGUUGGUGGUUGGUUGGUGGAGAGGAGAGGUGGGUGGGGGAGAUGGAGCGGAAGGUGGUGGCGGUGUGCGCGGUGGUCGGGUUCCUUGGCGUCCUCUCGGCGGCGCUCGGCUUCGCGGCGGAGGCCACACGCGUCAAGGUUUCGGAUGUUCAAACAGAUUCUCCUGGUGAAUGUAUAUACCCAAGAAGCCCAGCCUUAGCGCUUGGGUUAAUAUCUGCCGUCUGUCUUAUGCUUGCGCAUUCUGUUAUAAAUACGGUUGCUGGUUGCAUCUGUUGUAAGAGGCAUCCUGUUCCAUCAGACACUAACUGGAGUGUUGCUCUGAUCUCAUUUAUCAUAUCAUGGUGCACUUUCAUAAUAGCAUUCCUACUCCUGCUGACGGGAGCUGCACUAAAUGAUCAGAGAGGUGCGGAGAACAUGUACUUUGGUAGCUUCUGCUAUGUGGUGAAGCCAGGGGUCUUCUCCGGGGGAGCAGUGCUAUCUCUUGCCAGUGUGGCACUGGCGAUAGUUUACUAUGUCGCCCUGUCGUCAUCGAAGAGUCCUCCACCGACAUUCGCAACCCCGCGCCCGCAGAACCAAGGCAUCGCUAUGGGCCAACCUGUGAUCCCCCAGCAGAGCAGUGAACCCGUCUUUGUCCAUGAGGACACUUACAAUCGGCAACAGUUCCCGUGACCAUGACUGUAUGUUCUGAUGGUCACUCUGAUCGGGUACUUUGUGCCUUUAUGCUUGGUCUGUAUAGGGUUGCAGGUUAGAACAAUAGCAGUCAGCAUUGUUGUUAGCUAGAUUAAUGUUUGCCUUUCUCUUGUUUAUCGAGCACUGUUGCGGCAUGCCUGUUUCAUCGUUAUGGACGUUUGAUUCUGAAUGAACUGGGUAUUGUUGAACGAGCUUGUUUGCAAAUGCAGAUGUUCUAUA